AAAAUAAUAACAACUUGAUGAAAAGCAAAGGGAUCCCCCACAAUAACAACGAAUUGAACAAACAAAAUCUGAAAAUGCUUCUGUAAUUUAAUUAUUGUGUAUUAUUUGGUGUAAUAAAGAAGUGACAUUGAGAGAAGGAAAUAAGUAACAGUGGUUAAGUUAGUAAUAAAAUGUACUUAAUGCAUUCACAUCAUCACAAGACACUUGGGAGAAACUAACUUGUGUUAAGUGUUUUGGCAAAAUGGCUAAUAAUUAGCAUUACUAUGUUGAAGUUGGAAUAAUGAAACCAACUAUUAGACGAAGGCCCAAAUCAAAAUCUUCUAUCCAAACAUGCCAAGAAAAGUUCUGCUGUACCCUGAUUAAUUCAAAGGCUACAUAUUACUGUGAUGACUGCAAAUCAGCCCAGUGCACAGAAUGUGUGAAUCAAAUUCAUAAAUCUAAACUGAAGUACGAUUUUCACUGUCGUCGCCCACUUCCAGCUGCUCCUGAAUCAGAACUGUGCCAAGCAAAAAACAUAAAUUUAAUCUGCCAAGAAAAAAACUUUCCGGAUAUUUGGUGUGAAAAUUGCAAAUUGCAACUUUGCUUUAGUUGUUACGACUUGUACCAUUCUUGUGAAAAAAGGAAGCAUCACAUUAAUGUUACUAUAGCCUACCACCAAAAAAAGCUUCAAGAACUACAACAGAAAGAUUCUGAACUACAGAAUUCAGUUGAACUGUAUCAAGACGCAAUCACUGAUAUGAUAAAACCAUCUGCCCCUUAUUCUCUAGCAGAUGAGGCUGAUUCUAUGACAUUUUGUUCAUUUCCACAGGAAUUCGGUGAUUCAAAGAAUAACAUGGCUUUCACUUCCAGUAACUCCAGUUUCCAUUCAGAUAAGAGCUCUCUCAGCAUUCCAGAUAUUUGUCAGCUUUCAACAGCCUAUACUCCUGCUGCCACUUUUGCUAAUUCUGCCCCUAGUACUAAUAGGGAUAAAGACUGUGAUGUAUUUCAAAAGAGUUUUCUUCUAGUAGAUGCAAAAGAGGAAUUUCAGAUAAAAGACCAUAAGGAAUUUAUUGACAAGCUAGGAUGUCAUAAAAAAGAUACAUUUAAAGUUAUUUCUAUAUUUGGCAACACAGGGGAUGGAAAAUCCUAUACUUUAAAUCAUGUGUUUUUCAAGGGCUGUAAUGUUUUUAGAACAUCUCCUAGUCAGGACUCUUGUACAGUAGGAGUUUGGUGUGCCCUCUCUACUGAUUAUAAAGCUAUAGUUUUGGAUACAGAAGGGCUGUUGGGAACAUCGGAAAAUGCAAACCAGCGGACUCGUCUAUUGUUGAAAAUCCUUGCAGUAUCUGAUAUAGUAGUGUAUCGUACAAAAGCGGAAAGACUACACAAUGACAUGUAUGUGUUCCUCAGCAAUGCUUCCAAAGCUUAUUGUGAAAGGUUUAAAGAAGAACUUAUAAAUACAUCAAAAAGAAAUGGUAUAAGUGAAGCUAACUUGGGUCCUUCUUUAAUUGUUUUCCAAGAAACCAAUCGUACUGAUACAUUAGAAAAAACAUCUGAAAACCAAUCACAAGAUUAUGCAUCACAUGAGUUACGAAAGAGGUUCUAUGAGUCAGGAAAUCUUGUGAAUGCAUUUCAUGAGACCCUCUACUACGUUGGCAUUAGGACUGAACCACAUAAAGAUACAGACUUUACUCAUAUUUCCAAGUGUAUUAUAAAAAGGCUUCAAGAUAAUUCAGUGAGAACACCAAGAAAAGCAGAGAUUAUCUUUAAAUCUUUAAAGGCAAUAAAUGACAAAUUUAGUGGGAUGAUUGAGACACCAAGUUUCAACACAUUUCCAGAUGAAUAUUUUACUUGUACCAGUAAAUGCUUAGCUUGCAAGUCUAGAUGUAAACUAAGCAUGAACCACGACACUGAAAGUGAGCCUCAUGAUGCAGGUCGGGAUGUGCUGUGUGAGUAUCAGAGUCAGUAUGGAAACAAGGUUUUCAUGUGCAAAACAUGUUUACGCAACAAAAAACAAGUAAUAGUUAUGCCCAAAACAUCUUCGUCAUCUGACAACUCCUGGCUGGGUUUAACUAAGUACAUUUGGUCAGGUUAUGUGUAUGAAUGUCCAAACUGCGGUGUAAUUUAUAGAAGUAGGGAGCAUUGGUUUGGGAAUGAAGAAGAAGAAAAAGUGUUACAUGUAGAGUACAGACAUGUUUGGCCACAGGGACCAACUACACUAGAUGGCACACAUAAUGCAGCACGCAAAGUUAUUGACAGCUUUCAUUAUGUAGCAGAUACUAUCAGCAGUGUUGGAGCAAGACCAACUAAAUAUAUUGCUGAGUGGACGGCAGAUCAGAUCAACCCUUCGUACUGGGUACCAAACUCUGAGAUUAUUAAAUGUUCCAAACCUGAAUGUCAAAUCAUGUUUGACUGUGCUGAGCAGAAGCACCACUGCCGAUCAUGUGGGAAAGGAUUUUGCUCAGACUGUUCCUCCAAGAAAAGACCAGUCCCAGAGAGAGGAUGGGGCCCUGAACCAGUCAGAGUAUGUGAUGCUUGCUACUCCAAGGAUGAGAAAGGUACAAGCAAAACCUCCAUUUCUAAAACAGAAAUAAACAGUGAAGAGUCCCCACAACAAGUAGCUUUAACAGCUAGAAAAGUUGGGGAAGUUGUGACCUCGACUUUUAGUGCUGUGGCUUCUGCAUUGGAUUAUCCUAUCGGAGUGAUUAAAAGUUCAGCGAUGCCAUCAUAUUGGGUACCUGAUGAUAAGAUCACAGCUUGCUGCGUUUGUGAGCAGCAGUUUGGGUUUCGGCUGGCUAAGCACCAUUGCAGAGCCUGUGGUCAGGGUGUGUGUGAGAGCUGUUCUCGCAACAAGCGUGCUGUUCCUCUCAGAGGCUGGGAUUAUCCGGUCCGAGUUUGCGAUAAAUGUGAAAGUAAAACAGACAGGAUAUAAGCAUAACAAUCACAAUUUUUUUUACUUUAGAUAUAUUUGAAAAAUAUAAACUACUGAAGAAUAUUUUUAAUAUGUGAUAUCUAUGGAUAAAUGUUUUACUUGACCAGUUGCAAUAUUUAUCUUUUCUCUGUUGGAUGACAAUAACUUUUUUUAAUAACAAAAAAAUUAAAUUCCAGUCAAACUGUUUAAAAAUUAAAAUAAAGCUUGAUUAAUAUUCUGACAACUAUUCUAAGUUAAUUAAGUUAUUAAACUAUCAAAUUUACUUCCAAGUUUUUAUUUAAAAAGCCAACAUUAAGUAACACAUUUUGUAAUGAAUUAUAUGCAUAACGUUAACAAUUAAAUGUAACAAUAAAUAGAUUUGAGACUGAAUACAAUGAAAAAAUGUCUAAUUAUUUCAAUUUUUUUUUUUUAAAUUCUUUGAAAAUGUUUAAAAAAACUUUUGUAUGAACAAAAAGUUAUCUAUAAUAUUAUAACAGUACAACUGCCAAUUUCUUAUUCUACCAUAAAUUUAUUUUAUACUUUAUAUGGGAUAGAUUGAUCAAUUUAAGUUUUAUUUUUUUUUAAAGUUAGUUUUAUAGAAAUGUAAUUGCUGGUCUUUGAUAUAUUUCCUUCUGUAUUACCCACAUUCUAAUAGUAAAAAUCUGUGUAGUGAAAUGUGGGUCUUGUGAUGAGCUUAUUGUAUGCUGUUUUAUGCUUUCUAUGGUGGUGUGUAAAGUAUUUAAAAUGUAGGUUUGGUGAAGGUAAAAUUGAAAAUAAAACUGAGCAAUUGCAAUCCUUUUUAUUUCAUUAAAUAUGUUUGAACUGAAUGUUUAUUGACAGCAGCUUUAUUACUUAUGCAAGGGAAAUAUGGUUCAAUAUGAAAAAUAUCUCAUUUUUUCCCAAAGCUCUGACUUAACUCUAGACCAGAUUUUUCACUGCAUUGUUCUGCUUUUGUUUUUUAAACAUUUAUUUUGAAACUUGUACAAGAGUUCUAUUACUGUGUACAGACCACUUCUUGAGUAGUAUAAAGACUGCAUCAAAAUGAUUUUGGCAUUUAUCCAAUUUUAUUUAUGUCCUUUUUGAAGUUUUAAUGUGUUGAAUCAUAUUUUCAAUAUGUGUGUUAUCCACUAAGACAGCUGACGUACUCUGUAAACAGUAGGGUCAAUAGCUUCCUGUGGUAAUACAUGCAGUACUAAAAUUUAUGGGAUUUUUUUUAUAAUGGUAUGUUAAUGAUUAAAUGCUGUAAAUAUUGGUGCAAUAUGAUUUUCUAAGCAUUUGUAUCUUUAAAUUUGUACAAUGUAUUAGAGGUACAGUUACAGAAAGUGUUAAGUUUGGAAGCAGUAAAGCUAGUAACAUCUACUAAAAUAUUUACCAACUGAAGAAGCUAUUUAAAAAGGAUAGAUUAGCAAUUAAUUACAUCCAAUAAAUCAUUGCAAUUAAUUAUUUUAAUUUUUGAUUAUUUUAAAUGCUUUAGUUUUGCUUUAAUUACUUGAAAACAUUUUUAAUAGCCUACAGUUGAUUUAAAAAAAAAAAAACUAGCUUCCUUUUUAUAAAACAAAGAAUUCUUAAUAACACUAAUGUAUAAUGGUGUUUAAUAUUGAACUACAAAGAUUCAUUAAAAAGUGUACUUUGUAGAUUGACUUUGUGAUUGUUUAUUUGUAUGUUAGAGUUUUAAAAAUUAACAUCCAGAUGACAUUAAAGGUAAAACAACAUUCAGAACCAGAUUUUAUUUUAUUUCUGAUUUGUUUUGUUUUUUAGUUCAAAAGAAGGUUUGGAAGGUAUUUCCAUGUGUUUAUAAUUUAUUUCAUUACUUUUAAAUAUAGCUUAGUAUUGAAAUUAAUUAUUAAUACUGUUAGCAUUGUUGUGAUCAAGGCAGGUAAAAUGUAUUUUCUGUUUUUGUGAUUUUUAUAAAUUAGCAGUGUUACAUUGCUUACCCUAAUAAAACCCUUG